AUGGCUACCAGAAAGCGCUGCCAGGUUUCAUGCUUACUUGGAUUACUCUUGAGUGCUCUAGCGGGUGUAACCAGGGGGGCAGAGCUGUCCUUCACACUGGAGCCCAGUGACAUCAUUGCUGUGCAGGAGCAGCCCCUCAUGCUCCACUGUCAGGUGGAUGGCAUUCCACCAAUCACCACCCAGUGGAGGAGGAAUGGCAUGCUUCUGUUAGAGGACCAGGAUUAUGCCAUGUUUGCCAAUGGCUCGCUGCUAAUUGGCCGAUUCCAGAGGACCAAGCCAGACGGCUCUUCUGAUGAGGGAGACUAUGAGUGCGUUGCUCAGAAUUCAUUUGGGCUGGUGGUGAGCCGCAGGGCCCGAGUGCAGGCUGCAACAAUGGCGGAGUUCCAUGUUCAGCCCCAGUCUGUGAGGGCGGAGGAGGCGGGGGUGUGCCGCUUCCAGUGCCAGAUCCAUGGUGUGCCGGAGCCCAUCAUCAGCUGGGAGAAAGAUGGCAGGGAGGUGGACACAGAGGAUGAGAGGUACACCCUCCUGCCCACAGGUGUGCUUCAGAUCACAGGUCUGCGCUCCGAGGACAGUGGUGUGUUUCGCUGCGUGGCCCACAACAGCGCUGGAGUCAAACAUAGUGCCGGUGCCCGUCUCACUGUCUCAGGCUCUCAGUCUUCUGUUUACAAGGAGCCGGUAAUACUGGUGGGUCCUGAAAACCUCACACUCACCGUCCACCAGACUGCCAUUUUGGAGUGCGUUGCCACUGGAUACCCACGCCCAAUUGUGUCUUGGAGCAGACUAGAUGGGCGUCCGAUCGGUGUGGAAGGAAUCCAGGUGCUGGGGACGGGGAACCUGAUGAUAUCGGACGUCGGGGUGCAGCACUCGGGGGUCUACGUCUGUGCGGCCAACAAGCCAGGGACCCGUGUGCGCAGAACUGCGCAGGGGCGACUGGUGGUGCAAGCUCCAGCAGAGUUUGUCCAGCCUCCCCAGUCUAUAGCGCGGCCAGCGGGCACCACUGCCGUCUUCACCUGCCUGGCGCAGGGCGAGCCCGUGCCCCAGCUCACCUGGCUGAAGAACGGCCAGAUCCUGGAACCGGGAGGCCAUGUCAAGCUCAGGAACAACAACAGCACGUUGACUAUCUACGGGAUCAGCCCUGAGGACGAGGCCAUCUAUCAGUGCAUCGCGGAGAACAGCGCGGGCUCCACCCAGGCCAGUGCGCGGCUGACGGUGUUGUGGGCCGACGGCCUCCCGGGUGCCCCCGGCUCUGUCUCCGCCGACCCCCUGUCCCCCACAGCCAUCCAGGUGUCAUGGAAGGAGCCAGCCCAGAACACCCAAGACAUCAUUGGAUACGUGCUUCACAUCCGCAAGACUGCAGACCCCAUAGAGAUGGAGUACCAGGAAGCCGUUAGCAAGGACACUCUGCAGCAGGUGGUGAGUGACCUGGAGCCCUCCACCAGCUACACCUUCUAUGUGAAGGCCUACACCUCACGGGGGGCAAGCAAGGCCUCAGACACAGCAGUGGAGAGCACACCAGGGGAGGUGCCUGCGCCCCCAACCCUCUUCACCAAGGUGGUGAACUCCACAACAGUGCAGGCCAUGUGGGAACCCUCUGCAAAGAUGGGCCAGCACGAGGGCUUCAAGCUCUACUAUCGCAAGGCUCACUCUGCCCCAUUCACAGGACCCAUCACUCUCACCCGCAACGUCACCCAGUUCAACAUCACACAGCUGGAUCCAGUGCUGGUGUAUGAGGUGAAGGUGCUGGCUUUCAACCAACAUGGUGAUGGAAAUGCCACCAUGCGCUUUGUCUCACUGAAGGAGGCUUUGGAGAAAUCAGUGCUUAACACUCCUUGUGACUGUGUGAAAGAUGAACAGAACAAGACCUCCACCGCCGGCAUCAUUAUUGGAAUCCACAUUGGCGUCACCUGCAUCAUCUUCUGUGUGCUGUUCCUCAUGUUCGGCUACAGAGGAAGGUUGAUGGUGUGUAAGACAGUGCAGGACCACCUGGCCACCCCGCCAGUAGGACGCAGUGCUCCCCAGGACCCAUCUGCUGCUGCCCCUUCCCAGGGAGCACUGCAUCUGAAUGGAGUUACCCGGACCAGUGGUGAGGGCAACGGAGGCAUUGCGGGGAAGACCAGAGGAGAAAUGAAGGAGCUGGAAAGACUCUUCCCAGGACCCUCAAAUGGAGAAAGACAACACAUGGGACACAUGGUGGAGGGUGUAGCCUCCUGCCUGCUGGACGAGACGCAGAUAUCCACAGUACCCUUGGACGAUUUCAGCCUGGUAUGGGAAGGGGAGACGCGAUUCCAGGAGCCGCCAGCAGAGGGCAGGGGUCAGAACGCGCAGCAAGGCGAAGGGUGAUCAGCAAAUCAGCGGCACUCUCACACCCACAGUGUCUGCGGUGUCUUUGCUCUGACUCUUCUCAUUCUCAGGUCAAUUUAAGUAUU